CGCACAAAGAGGACACUUAACCCCGACCAGGACGAGUGUUCCCUCCGUCUCCCAGGAGCCAAGCCUCUUGAUUUCAACAGGUGCAACUGGAUGACCAAAAUCCUUCCGCUGCCUUUAUCAUCAGAAUUCAUCUGACCUCCCCUACAGAUUGAGACCAUGGACACAGCUGCGGUGGUGACUCUUCUGGCUCUGGUUGUGGCGAUGGCUGGCGUCAGUCAGGCUCUUCACAUCCAAGGCAGUCUGGACAAAAAUGACAUCCUGCCAGGCUCAGAGGAGGACGUGGCCAACCACCUGCUGGGGCUGGAGAGUGAAAACACAGAUAACAGCAUCGAUGAUCGUCUGCUGACCACAGUGCUGAGAGCUCUGCUGCUCGGAUCUCAGAGGGAAACCAGGGACUCUGUCCUCCAUCAGCCACAGAGGUUUGGUCGCGGCUCCAGAGGGCAGGUAGUGUCGGAGGAUCAGAUGCACACCCGUGACUGGGAGGCUGCACCCGGUCAGAUCUGGAGUAUGGCCGUGCCCCAGAGAUUCGGCAAGAAAUAAUCUGGCUGGCAGAUUCACGCAUCAAUGUCCUGGCAUAAGGCCAAGCAGACAGAGACACAUUUUGAAUGCAUAAUUAAAAUAAACUUUUUGUUCAACACUGUCCAUUGGGCCGUGCUUGACACCCGAUGUUCAGUUUAACAUGAUAUGAGCUUCAUUUUACUGCUUUUCUUCCUGGUUUCCAACAAAGCAUGUUGACUGGGGCCUGUUGUUCUGAACAGACUUCAUUUGUUUUGACUGGAAUGUUA